AUGUCGGCUGGAGUUUCCAGAGAUGACUUUCUGAGGUUGAUCCAAGACGAUGACUCCAGGUACUACCAGAAAGGAGAGACCCUCGGCAAGGGCAGCUACGGCGAGGUUUUCAAGCUUAUGGCAUGCAAGCUACAAAAAGUGACCACCACGAUGCAGGACUGGCCUAGAAAGCGGGAGCUCUAUGUCUGGCGCCAAGCAUGUGAGGGGACAAGUUACGUGGCGAGGGUGUACGAUGCUUCGAUAAACCCAAGGGAUAAAGAGAUCCGUAUUUACACGGAACUGCUCGAGGGCGGCGACCUGUACCGUCUCGUGCGCAACAUAGAAACCUCCAAGGUUCCGAAGCGAAUCCACCCGGCCAUCGUCUACCUCAUAUCCCUACAGCUGGCCUGGGGACUCUCCGAGAUCCAAGAGCGCGGCAUCCUCCACCGGGACAUCAAGCUCGACAACAUCCUGCUGACUCUGAAGAUCACGCCCAGUAUGAACCUGGCCCUGUGGGAGCUGAGCAAGACGAAAAGGGUCAGCCCAGAUAUGGAGUCCCACAUGAAGGCGUUUCUCCGACAGAUAUUCCAAAAAGACGACCGGCUCGUCGUCCUCACCGACUUCGGCCUCAGCCGAAUAGAGGAGGACCAGGUCAAUAGAUCGGCGUACUCGAUGGCCCCGGGCGCCAGGUGGACGGUCGGCACCUCGGCACCGGAGCUGUUCUUCCACAACCACCAGUCACCCAUGGCGGACGUCUACCCCCGGAUACCGACCAUCUACAGUCCGAACCUCCAGGCCGUCCUCGACGAGUGCCUCGCGUGGGACCCUCGCGACCGCCCCUCCUCCCACUCAGUCGUCAACUCGCUGUACGAGCUCUGGGUCGCCAAACGGGACCAGAUCCUCAACUACGACUGGACAAAGGCCUUCAUCGCCAAGCAUCGGAGCCUCCAAAACGCCAAAGCCGACUUCGACCGCGAGCAGGCCCGGAAGUACAUGGCGGAGAAGGCGCGAGAGCGCGACCAGGCCGCCAGGAACGCGCGCGAGCACGAACACGCGCGAUGGACCGCCCUCCUGGAGCAGCAGAAGCGGCGGGCGGCCCAAGACGCGCAGGGUCCCGGGGCGCGGCCGGGCGCCACCCUCACCAAGCAGCAGCGCGCGGUGUACGUGGGCUGCGACCACCCGGAGGGCGCCUCUCCCCGACCCAAACGCCAAAGGGCGCUACCCAAACCCAAACGCCAGCGCGGACGCCGGCGCGGGGCGCCGCCGCUGAGCUCCUCUCCCAAGCAGCGGCGCAGCUCUACAGAGAAGCCGCACCAGCAGCAGUAG